AUGUCUGAUCUCAGCCGAAAGAGUUGUGUUACCGAAAGAGCUUCGAGCAAUUGUCCUAAAAAGGAACUACAUGUUGGACAUCCAGGAAUCGUAAGGAUGAAGAAGCUGGCUCGAAGUUAUGUUUACUGGUUGAAUGUCAUUGAGGAUUGCAAAGACUUGGUACGAAGAUGUACGAAGUGUCAAGUGUUAACGAAAAAUCCGACCGAAGUAUCCCUUAGCAGCACUGGCCAUCCGCGGCUCGAGUAUGGCAGAGGAUACACAUUGAUUUCGCUGGACCAACGCAAGGAGUCUUCUACUUGGUAGUA